AUGGCCGACAAGCCAGUAGUCCUAAGAACUUCUCAGUUCAACGACAACUGGUCUGAACAAUUUGGAAGCCAUUGCACUGAUUAUGUCCAGCUGGCCUUUAUCACUUCUUGUCUCUUUAUUUUUGUGGGAGGUAUCAUUAUCAUCUUGAUGGUCAGAGUAAUCCGAUACACAUUACAUAGGUGCUUCUCUAGAUAUUCCAUUCAAUUUCAGGUAAGUUUGUUUACCAAUAAGAUGAAAUUGCUGAGUUUCUGGAAAGGAAAGUUUCAAGACAGGGUGGUAAUGAUGAUCUCAGCUCAGACAUCUAUAGGCCGUAUUCUGGUAAUACUGGUGUUCCUAUUUAGUAUUGGGUCACUCAUCAUUUACUUCAUCAACUGUUACAGUGUUAAAGAGUUUUGUCUCGCCUUUGAAGACCAGACAAUUGUGAUCGAUCUAUUCUUUAAUUUAUUUUUUCUUCUGCAUUUUGGAUUGCGGUUUUUGGCAGCAAGUGACAAGCUAACAUUCUGGUUGGAGCUUAAUUCCAUUGUGGAUUUCUUCACCAUAACUCCAGUCUGUAUAGCCUUCUAUCUAGGAAAAAAUUGGCUUGGUUUACGCUUCUUAAAAGCACUGAGAUUGAUGGAACUUCCCAAAAUUUUGCAAUUCCUCCAAAUCACUACUAGUGGUACUGCAAUCAAGCUGUCCAAACUUCUUGCUGUAUUUGUCAGUACCUGGCUCACAGCUGCAGGAUUUCUUCACUGGAUUGAGAAUUCUGGAGAUCCCUGGGUAUAUCACAGCAAUCAUCAAACCUUGACUUACUUUGAAUGCUUAUAUUUGAUCAUGGUAACUAUGUCUACAGUUGGAUAUGGAGAUGUAGUGGUCCAAACCACCAUAGGACGUGUGUUCAUACUUUUCUUCAUUGUUGCUGGUCUGAUCCUCUUUGCAAAUUUGGUGCCUGAGAUAGUAGACAUUGUUGGAAGCAGAAGAGUCUACAUGGGUUCCUAUUUAUAUGUGAAAGGCAGAAAGUUUAUUGUUGUUUGUGGCAAUAUCACUCUGAGCAGUGUGACUGCUUUCUUAAGUGACUUCCUAGCUCAGGACAAAGGAGACAUUGCCAGUGAGAUAGUCUUUCUGGGAGAAAAUCCUCCCUCUCUGGAACUAGAAACUGUAUUCAGAUGUUACACUGCAUAUACCAGUUUCUUCCAAGGUUCUGUCAUGAAUAAUAAGGAUCUUCUGAGAGUUAACAUGGGUAAAGCUGAAGCAUGCCUCAUUUUAGCUGAUAUAUGUUCUACUGAUCCUUAUACAGAGGAUAUUUCCAACAUUAUGAGGGUACUGUAUCUCAAGAAUCAUUUUCCAAACACCAGAGUUAUAAUACAAAUCAUCCAGUCUUCUAACAAGGUUUACUUGCCAAAACUGCCUGGAUGGGACUGGAGAAAAGGCGAUAGUAUAAUCUGCUUUGCUGAACUUAAGCUUGGAUUAAUAGCUCAGAGUUGUGUGGUGCCAGGUUUGUCCACACUGUUGACCAGCUUGUUCAUUAGAGAAGAUAUCAAGCAUAUGGAUAUUUGGAUUAAGCACCAGCAUGAAAUAGAAGGCCAAAACUAUAAAGUGAUGACUCAGCUUCUUUCCAAUGAUUUUGUUGGCAUGUCCUUCAAAGAUGUUUGUCGACUCUGCUUUCUGAAGCUGGAUCUCAUACUUCUUGCUAUUGAUUUUCGAUCUGGAAAACAAGGAAACAGCAUCCUGAUCAACCCACCUUCUGCAAUUAAACUCCAUUACAACACAUUGGGCUUUUUCAUUGCUGCCUCUGCCCAGGAACUGAAAAGAGCUUAUUAUUAUUGUACACAAUGCCACAGUGGGAUCCCCAAUCCUGAGCUCAUUGUGAAAUGUCAUUGCAAAAGAAAAAGUGUGAAAAAACCAAUCCCAGAUCCUGAAAACACAUCAAGCAUGCACAGUUUGAGACGUUCAGAUGAAGCUAUAGUACAUUCACGAUCCCUUGGAAUUCUCUCCUUCUUGGAUUUUUUCCCCAGACAUUCAGAAGAAGAAGAAGAAAUUGAUAGUUGCUCAUUGGAUGCUACAAGAAUGUUUCAUUGGUGUGAAGCUGUCCCUUUUGAAAUGGCACUCUUGAAAUCCAAAAAGAAGUUUUUCAGUGACUUACGUGAUCAUAUUAUAGUCUGUGUUUUUGGAGAUGCCACUUCAACCAUGAUUGGAUUACGGAACUUUGUAAUGCCACUGCGAGCUAGCAACUAUGCAUUCAGUGAGUUGAAGGACAUCGUCUUUGUUGGCUGCAUUGAAUACCUUGAGCGGGAAUGGGAAUUCAUCAACAAUUUUCCAAAACUUCACUUAUUGAAGGGCAGUGGACUAUCUUGUUCAGAUCUCAAGGCAGCUGGCAUCCAGUACUGCAGCAUGUGUGCCGUUCUCUCAGCCAAUGUCAGUGAUGCCAGUGAUCAAACUCUAGUGGAUACCAAACCUAUCUUGGCUACCCUGAAUAUACGUUUCUUGCAGUUCAAGCAAACUUCAUUGACAGAGGACUUUAGGUGUUUUAAAACUCCCUUUCAGGAUGAAGCAGAGAUUCAAUCUUCAAACUUCUUCAAAUUGCCCCAGAAAUGUCUACGUCUCUCCCUUCCUGAUAACUUUCCUGAUUUUAGUAAAAAGCAAAAGGAUAUUCUUAAGGGAUUCAAUGAAGAUUCAAUUGGAGUUCAAUCACGCACUUUUUCCAAACGGAUCUCUGUCAUCACUGAGCUUAAGGUAGCUGCAAAUGCACAAUUCUUUCAACAGAGUGGAAUGGAAAACUCUGACAAAUCAAACCAUAACUUAUCCAAAGGGGCACUGUUUUCAGACAGCUUUUUGGAUUCUCUCUUGUGCGCAACCUACCAUAAUUACCAUGUGCUGGCUUUGCUUCAGACGCUGGUGACAGGUGGGACCAACCCAGACCUUGAAGAAUAUUUGGCAGAGGAGACUUCACUGAUUGGCCAUAAUACCAGUGUGAUUUCCUGGGGAUUUAGAAACAGAUGUAAACUGGCUCUUUUAACAUUAAUAAAUGAUCCACAGUUAAUAGAAGGGCUGCUGCUCUUCUUUGGUGAUGUGUUCACUAAAGCCCUUGAUAUGUAUGGAAUUCUUUGCUUCGGUAUCUAUCGCCUGAAACCUAACCCCAAUCCAUAUGAAAUCAGGAAAGUAUAGUUUGUGAUUGCUCGGCCACCCACUAAUUUUGAGGUCCUCACUUCUGAUCAACUCUUUUGCCUUGUUCCAUAUAACAUUUUAUUCAAAGACCUAACAAAUGUAGUGAAGUCUAUUCCAUCAAGACGUCAAAAGUUUAGCGGUCAGAAGAAAGAAAAUGACACUUCCUUUACAAAUAAAGUCUUCUUUCUUUAA